AUGUCAUAAGAAGUCCAACUUUUCUUCAUAUGUCCUAUCAAGGAAGAGGAUCGACGCAAUGAUGCAUCCCUAAAAGAUUACAGGUACUUGCAAUACAUGGGACAGAACAAGGAUGCAGCUAUUCUAUUUUCCUUGAUUCAUUAUGCUUUGAAUAGAAAAUAACCUAAAAUCUUACAAGAAUUGACAGAACUUAUAGGCUGCUCUAAGAACACGUCAAAUUAUUUGGAAAUUAAAAAUGCCAUCCAAUAAUCGACGGAUCUAAGGAAUCCUGUAUAGAUGUUCUUUUAAAAACUAUUUUAAGUAGACCAGAUAAGUGAAAUUGCUCAAAAAUUAUUAUACGAGUUUUGUUAUUAGAAAAGAUUGAUGCAAGGAAAGGAAAUUUCCUAUCUCCAUUUGGCUUUAUAUUUGAGAAUAAGGAUUUCGAUUAACAACAAUGAAAAUUAUAACAACUAGUCCACGGAUUCAAUUGAUCUAAAACGUACAAAUAGUGAAAAAUACUUUUAUUUGAUCCCAGAACCAAUAAUCUACAAAAUACCCACUAAUUAUUGUUCUAAUUGCAAAAGCAUGACUGAAUAAAUUAUUUUGUUGUGUUCACACUAAUUUUGCUAUAAAUGUCUUCCUGAAUUUUCUCCUUCAUUUACUUGUUGUGGGAAAUAAUACUUCAAAAUUAAUACAUUAAGGGAAAUGGAAAAAAUUCUUAAAUUCAAAGAAUAUAAUGAAAGAAGUAAAGAAUUGAAAAAAUAUUAUGAAAGCACAAAACAAUGUAUUCAAUAACAACUUCAGGAAAAUAAAAAAUAACAAUUAGUUUUAAUAACUGAUGAUCCUUAAUAGGAAUGUGAUUUAUGUUUCAGAAAGUUCUAAUAUUAAUUAUUUAUUUUACGUGUUUGCAAACAUCGAUAUUGUUACGAUUGUAUGUUUGAAAAGAAAUACUAAAAUUAUUGUUUAGUUAAUAAAUGCUAUGAGAGGAUUGAUUAUUUAGAAUUUAAUAAUUAUAUAAUCUAAACAAGAAAUGAUUGUAAUGAGUAGGUAGAUAAAAAGCAAAAUCAAAUAUAAUAAAAAUAAUCUGCUUCAUAAGAAUCAAGAAUAAUGGAGUUUUGUUCAAAAUGUAAUACAAUCUAAUGGUAUAAGUUAUUUUAAAUCAAAAACUGCAAUCAUAAAUUCUGCAAUUAGUGUUUAUAAAAAACCAAUAUGAGAUAUACUACCCUGAACUGUUUGGCAUUCUAAUGCAGAGAGCAAUUUAAAUCAGAAGAUUACUAAAAUUAUAUUAAGUAAUUAUAGGAGGAGUCAAAGUCAGAGCAAUUUCAAAGUCAAAGAAAAAAUAUCUAAAUAAAACUUUCAUUAUUUAAGUGUGAUAAUUGUUUAAUUGAUAGGGAUGAAAAAGAAAAUUAUAUCUUAAAUUGUGGUCAUUCUGUCUGUUAAAUAUGUAUCGUUAAAGAUUAUUUUCUAUUCGAAUGCUGCUAAAGCUCAUCUAAAGAUUAAGAAUAUGUUAAUUUUCGUAAAAAUAUUAUUGUGAAUUGUAAAGGUUGUUAAAACAAUUUUCCUUUGAAAAACCUUUAUAUAUUACCAUGUAAACAUGAAUUUUGUUGUAUUUGUUGUUAGAAUAUAAUGUAAAGAAAACCCUAUAAAUGUUUGGAAAAAUUAUGUGAGAGAAAUUUAGUUUAUACUAUUUCCUUGAAUAAGUUCAUUUCGGAUCAAAUAGCAGAGUAAAAAAAAGAAAGUGAAUAAAUAAUCGACUCUUAUAAAAUUUCAAAUUAAAAGGAAGAAGAACCUACAAUCGAUAAUAAAUUAGAAAAUCAAAGCAAAAAUAAAAGCCAUCAUAUUGUUAUUCAUGAGGAAGAAAAGCUGAUUGAAUAAAACUCUACUUAAAGUUUUACACUUCAAGAGAACAUCAAAACUGAAGAAGAAAAAUCAGUUUCAGUUCAAAAUUCAGUAAAACUUUUAUAGGAUUUUAAGCAGCAUAAAUAAGAUAAUCCAAAGUAACAAGAAGAAUGUAUUUAAAAAUAGAAGGAUACUCAGGUAUCAAAUGAACAGAAUCUAAUACUAAAUUAAAAUCAAAAAAAAUAAAAUAAAUAGCCCUUUUUUGAAGCUGACAAAGUUUCUUAGAUGGAUGAGGACGAGAUAAUCUUUAAUAAAUAAUUAGAUGAAAUUAAAUUCGCUGAUGAGAUGGAGUCUGAAUUUUAAACUGGAUUUUGUACAAAUUGUUAUCAACAAUUUUCUUUGUUUAACAGGAAGUAAGAGGUAAAUUGUAGAUCUCAUGAAAUAGGAGUUUGCUGCACUUUAACAAAAUUUAGAAAUUGUCCACAAUGCGAAUAAACAAAAACAACUAAUAAAAUGAGGAUAAAAUAAAGCUUAAUUUUACCGACUAAUCCUCUAGAAAUCGAAAAAAUUUUUGAAACUACUCUACCAAAAACAGCCUUAACGAAUUAUUGGCAUCAACCAAAUGAAUAAACUUAUUAAAGUCCGAGUGAGAAAUUUCAAAAUUUUGAUAGACUCAGAUAUACUGAAAGUUCAGCAGCAAAACGAAAUGUUACUACUGAUACGAUAAAUAAAAGAGUUUUGGAAAGUCAAAAAUAGAUUGAUGAUAAAUAUAAGUUAAGAAAUGAUUUAACUUUACAACGCUACCAACCUUAACCUUAAGCUUCAUCAUAUUAUCCUGUGAAAUUUGAUAGAUAUAAUUAUGGAAGGCCUGAUCCAGAUUAAAAAUUAGUAUUAAAUAGUAACAACUUUGCUUAGAUUCACAGAAAUCCUACCUACUCUUAAAAAAGAUAUAUUUGA